AUGUCUGCCUCGGUGAGUCACUCUCAUCGACCAACCACCAAGCAAGUCAACAAGUCCUUCAAGUCAGGCAAGCAUGCAUCCAAGGGUGCGCUGAGGGACGCCGCCAAAGGCAGACUCGGAGGCGAGCGCGGCCAGCGAAAGACACCCCACCAGCAAGUCAUGUCCAAGUUCGACCGAAGAAACCAGGCCAAGCAGCGCCAGAUCGCGAAGCGCAAGGAGCAUUUGGAGGAGACGUCGAUUUUUGCCGGAAAAGAUGGAGCCCCCAGGACUGUCGCUGUUGUGCCCCUGUGCAAGGACGGCAACGCCGCGACCGCCAUCAAGCAGUUGAACAACAGUUUGGACAUCGAGGUCGAGGUGUUGGAGACGCCGUUCCGAGUUCCGGUCGACCGGUUCAAGCAGAAGUUGCAGUACAUCCCCCUCAAGCGCGACUUGAAUGCUGUUCUGGACGCCACCCGGGUUGCCGACUUCGUAGUGGUCAUGCUCUCGGCUGACAUCGAGGUGGACGACCUCGGUGAGCUGAUGCUGCGUGGUCUGGAGAGCCAGGGUCUGUCGACGCUCUUCACCGUUGUCUACGGCUUGGAUAAGAUUGAGCCGGCGAAGCAGAAGACGUCGACUCUCGCCUCUCUCAAGUCAUACAUCACCCACUUUCACCCUGAGCAGGAGAAGCUUUACAGCCUGGAGAACAGGCAAGAAUGCUCCAACCUCAUGCGCUCUCUCUGCAACACCACACCGAAGGGCGUCAGGUGGCGCGAGGACAGGAGUUGGCUGUUGGCCGAGGAGAUCAAGUUCCCCAACUCGGGCCUUGACUCGACCGUUGUUACCGGUAUCGUGAGAGGAAGAGGCCUGAAGGCCAACCGUUUGAUCCAGCUUGGCGACUACGGCACAUUCCAGAUCGAAAAGAUCACUUCUGCGCCUUUGCCGAAGCAGACUAAGAAGGGCGAGAUGGCGGUGGAGGAAGAAGAGGCGGAGAAAGUUCUUGAUACCCCUGAUGAAGACCAGGAUGACCUGGCUGAGCUGGCGCCCGACGCCGUGAUGGAUGAUGAUGAGAUGGAGGACAACGAGCCUCCCACGAUCAAGAAGGGCGUGUUGCUUGACGACCACCACUACUUCUCCGACGAUGACGGAGAGGAGAACAACAGGCUAAAGACCAGAGUCCCCAAGGGAACGUCUAACUACCAAGCGGCGUGGUAUCUCGGUGACGACGUGUCCGACGAUGGAUCGGACAUGGAAGAUUUCGAGAUGCAGGAUGAGAACAGCGAGGAGGAUGAAGCCCGCCCUGAAGACGGCUUCGAGGGCUACGCACCAAAGGAGCCCACCGAGGCUGCCCCCUCAGAAUACGGCGGCAAGUCAGAAAUGUUCAUCGAGCCUGAUGAGGAGGAGGACGCCAAGGGCCUGGCGGCCUACCGUGCCAGGAAGAGCGAUGAGGUCGAAGAAGACAAGGAGUUCCCUGACGAGAUCGAGCUGCACCCCAACGUGCUCGCUCGUGAGCGUCUCCAAAGAUACAGAGGUCUCAAGUCCCUGCGCACGAGUGAGUGGGUUCAGGACGAGGAUAAGGCUUUCGAGCCGGAAGAAUGGCGCAAGCUGCUCCGGAUCCCCGACUACCAGGCUUCCCGCUCCCGCACCACCCGCGAGGCUCUCGUUGGCGGUGUUGCUCCUGGUACGCGCGUCCACGUUCACCUCAGGGGCGUUCCGGCGACAUUCGAGAAGUCCUACGACCCAAGCCGGCCAGUUACUCUCUUCUCUCUCCUGCGCCACGAGCAGAAGAAGACGGCUGUCAACUACCUCAUCAACCUCAGCGCUGACUACCACCGCUCCAUCAAGGCCAAGGAGGAGCUCAUCGUGCAGUGCGGACCUCGCCGCUUCACUGUCAAGCCCGUCUUCUCCCAGCCGGGCAACACCCCCAACGACGUGCACAAGUUCUGCCGGUAUCUUCACCCAGGCCAGUCCGCCGUUGCCACAUUCAUGGGUCCCAUCACAUGGGGUGCCGUGCCUGUGCUCUUCUUCAAGCGCUCCGAGCCUGUGGCCGAGGGUUCGGAAGAGGCGGAGAACGAGUCGACCAUCGGACUCACCCUCAUCGCCACGGGUACCGCUCUGCCGCCUUCGACGAACCGCGUUAUUGCCAAGCGGGUCAUUCUCACCGGCCACCCGUAUCACAUCCACAAGAAGAUCGUCACGAUCCGCUACAUGUUCUUCAACCGUGAGGACGUUGAGUGGUUCAAGGCUUUGCCGCUGUGGACGAAGCGCGGCCGCAGCGGUUUCGUCAAGGAGCCCCUCGGCACCCACGGAUACUUCAAGGCGACGUUCGAUGGCCGCAUCAACCCACAGGACUCCAUCGGUGUCAGUCUGUACAAGCGUGUGUGGCCUCGUAACGCUAUUCCCAUUGAGGGACCUCUUCUCGAGGCUGGUGCUGGCCAGUCCGAGGAGGGUGAUGUGAUGAUGGAAUGA